AUGAUCAUCAGCAACCCUGAUUACCCUGGUGGUUCUGCUCAUAUCACUACUCAGCCUGUCCAGCAUUCUCCGAAUGCUAACUCAAACUCGCGAGAACUGCAUACAACAGAGGUAUCAGACGUCAUUCGUCCUCUCAUCAUACCUGAAAAAAAGCCAGACCUGCCGUCAGGUCAUCGGUGCGGUGCUGGUCUCCGUCUAGUCGAAUAUAUUCCUCACGUCCGCAAGUUUGUGCUCGAUGCUAUCCCUUCUGAUCGCACUAUCAGUGAGCGACAUGAGUCAGAGGAGGAGUGGCAUACGUAUCUCCCGAGCCAUACAAGUCUUCCUCCUCAUAAGGAACGGUGA